AUGGUUAGACAGAGACAAUACCCGCGACAAACAGGACCUAGUUCCCUUAACUGGGGUAUUGCUGGUAAACCCCAACGUGGUGGUAGUAAAACUCCGGGUAAUUUAGCUAAUUUUAGGAAUCUAGUUGCAACACAACGCGGAGGCAGUGCAACCUCACAACUCUCAAUUAAAGAUAUACUUUUAAACGCUGCAGCGGGUGUAUUAAAUAAACAAGUAAAACGAGUCAAAAAAGGUGUACAAAAACGCAAGAAAAAAGUAAAACAAGCCUGGUUAGAAAUGGGGGAAGAAAGUGGAGCAAUCCAGCAAGGUAGUGGGUUACCCACAAGGAAAAAACGAUUGAACAGAAUACCCAUUGUAUAUCAAUAUUACCAAUAA